AUGAAAUCAAACAAGAAAACCUCCCCUUUCAGUAGAAUCAAUGAAUGCGGUAUUUCAGGCUUGGACCCACAUUGGGUACGUCAAGCGGACAUCGGUCUACCUCGUCCCGACGUUGUGCUCUUCUUCGAAGUCUCACCGGAAGUAGUUAAACAAAGAGGGGGUUACGGUGAUGAACGUCUUGAGAGCGAUCAGCUCCAACGGAAGGUUCAUCAUGCAAUGAAAGAGCUGAGUAAAUGCUACUGGCAGACUGUAAAUGCCGACGGGGAUAUGGAAACGGUCGAGGCAGUCGUUCAGGAUAUCUAUUCGAAGAUUUCGCGAGAAGAACCUCUGGGAAAAAUCGAUUCUAUUUGA